CAGUAUACUUUUUCCAAAAUACUCCUUAUAUAUUGGUUGAUAUUAGUUCUCUCCUUUGAGCAUAAGCGGAUUGUUAUUGCAUCUCCUAACCAGACGUUUACACGGUUUACACCAUUUAAGCUUUUCAAACUACCACUAACCUCAAUCCAAAAAGACCAAAAUGGCGAUUCCAAAUCCGAUGGUCACAUUUUGUUUCGCGAUUAUCGCCGCCGCACUUGGCGUUACGUCACCUGCUCUUGCAUAUAUUGCACGAUCAAAGGUGAUUCGAAACAAGGGAGAUACGGCUGGGCUGCUUUGCAAGGUAGCAAUUGUCGUCCUUGUUUUAUCUGUCGUGUGUAUAUUGAUCCAUGAAUUGUGGGCUCGGGCAGUCGAGUCGACUGACGAUGUUGCAAAACGCAUCGAUAUGUGGGUGAAAUGGACAUUGCUUUUAAUCAUGCUGGGAUUUUUUGUGGGAUUCUUUGCUCUACUGUAUGUAAUAAUACAUAAAGGAAUGUCUGAUCAAACAAAGAAGAUAAGCCUCCUCUGUGGAACGUGUGGUUGCGGGUCUGUGACGGUUUUUUCCGUUCUUUACUUUGCAUUAAUGUUGGGGAAACCAGGACCAACCUUACUCCAGAGCGUAACUGAUCAUUGGAUGAGACUUCAUUCUAUACGGUGACGAUGAUGACGGCAUUCUGCUUAGUCUUCUAUUGUUCAAGACGAUUAGAAGAGCUAUUUCAGGAAUCCCUAUUUUCAGAAUUUGUUGUUAAACAUGUAAUUUUGAUUUCAUAUGUUUAAAUGUUUUGUAAUCAAAACUACGGUUAGGAAAAGUAGCCCGAAGCUUAAUAUAGCACUCUAAUGCUUUUCAAUUUACCGAUGUGAGACUUUAUCACCC